AUGCCUAAAAAUUUAAAGCAAACAAAAAAUAAACGUACUAAACCGUUUAUUAUUGGUUUAAAUAACGAUUCCAUGUUGAAUAUAGAAACCAAUAUUAUCAAUUCCAAUAUUGUUCUCGUUGAACUCAAGCCGAAUUUCCCUCCUAAUUUGACAACAGACGAACUCAUUAAGAAUGCAAUUAAAUCCAACGCAUCUAACAACAGUAAGAAUACCAUUAAAUUACCUCCAAUGGGUCAGUUAUCAAUAAUCGCAAAAAAUUCUUGGGAUAAAGAACCACAAGAUGUAAAAAAUUUUUACAAUAAUCUAGCUAAGGAAGCUAGAAUUUUGUAUAAGCAAAACACUUUUCAAAUAAUAUAUGAUAAACGAAUGAAUGAAGUUGAAAAUGAUCAAGGAAACGGGCAGGUUGCACCUUUGCAUGUGACGGGUGAAAUUUUUGCGGCAGAUUUGGGUUAUGUCAAUAGUACCCACCCUAAAGAUGUUGAGACUAUGAUCCAUGCGCAAAGCUCAUCAAAUGGAUUUCUUACGAUUGAGGAUUCUACUGUCGAUGAUAUGGAUUCUUGUUUUAAUAAUGGUUCGACUAGCAUUUCUCAAGUUGGAACUUAUCCCAAUCAUAACUUUUUAGAAGAUCCUAACGAUCAUGAGUAUAAGCAAAUGCUGGUGCAAAUUAAUAUUAAUUUAUUUUUACACGACUUACGUCAAAAUUAUUUACUUUAA